AUGCGCGUAAAGAGCAUCGUGAUUGACGGCUUCAAGUCGUAUGCGCACCGCAAGGAGCUGGCGGACCUCAGCCCGCACUUUAACGCCAUCACCGGUCUCAACGGCAGUGGUAAGUCGAACAUCUUCGACGCCAUCUGUUUUGUCAUGGGUAUCACCAACUUGAAGCGCGUGCGCGCCGAGGACCCGCGGGAGCUGAUUUUCCGCGCCGGCACGACCGGCGUGCACGCGGCGCGGGUGACGAUCGAAUUUGUGAACGAUGACCCCGCCUCCGCCCCGCCGGGCUACAGCUGCGAAGAGUAUCCGCUCAUCACCAUUGGCCGUCAGAUCAAGCUCGGUGGGAGGCAGCAGUUCUUCUUCAACAACACCGUGUCGCUACAGAGCAAGGUGAAGCGCUUCUUCGAGAGCAUCAGCUUGAACGUCGACAACCCCCACUUCAUGAUCCUGCAGGGGACUGUGCACAAGCUGAUCGGCAUGCGCUCGCAGGACAUCCUGUCCCUCAUCGAGGAGGCGGUCGGCACGAAGGCCUUUGAUCAUCGCCGCCGCACCGCCGAGACACUUAUCCGCAACAAGGAGAGGAAGAUGGAGGAAAUCGACACGAACAUCGAGGCACAGAUCCGACCGCUGCUGGAGACGAUGCGGGCCGACCAGGAGGAGUACAACACCUUCAUGCAGAUGCGAGAGAAGAUGGAGGAAAAGGUGCGCUUCCGUGUCGCGCUGGACUACCACACGCAUCGCACGCAGCACGCAGAGGCGGAGGCGGCGAUGACGGCACGCAAGGCCGAUGUUCAGAACGCCAAGACGCAGCUGCAGGCACUGCCGCGCCAGGAAGAGGAGGCAGCGCGUCGACUCUUGCAGCUGCAGGACUCCCUCAGCGCUCCGAGCGAGGCAGCCAUCGCGCUGCACGAGGAGGAAGAUGAACUGAAGAAGGCGCACAGCCGCCUUGAAGGUCAGCUGGGCAACUGCACCAAGUCGCUGAAGCAACUCGAGACACAGCUCAAGAGUCUGCGGAAGGAGCAGGAGAGGCAGAGCAGCAGCCAGGCAGCCUUCGCGGCACGGCAGCGGGAGCACGAGCAGCUGCUAGCGCAGAUUAAGGAGGGUAAAGAGACAUGCGCGAAGCUGAAGAAGGGUCUCAAGCUCCUCCGAUCCGGUGUACAGGCCGGUGCCUCGGGUGUCUCGCUCGCCGAGGAGAGGCAGCAGGUGGACCUGCAGCUCAUCGAGCAGCAGUCGCGCGUGCGCCGCGCCACAGACCGGCUUGAGGAACUGGUGAAGCAGCAGCGGCGGGUCGAGGCGCACCAGGCCGAGGAGAGCAGCCGCGUGCGCCACCUAGAGCGCGAGUACGCCAAAGCCACCGCGUCUCUCGAGAAGGCAAAGGCGGUGUACACACCGUUGGCGCUGAAGCAGCAGCGGAAGGAGGCCCUCGAGGCCGAGAUCUCGUCGCUGAAACGUGAGUGCCAGGCCGAGUACGAGAACUUCCAGCGGCAGGUGAGCACGGCGACCGCGCGCAACUACGACCUCGACUACAACCGCUACGCCUGCCCACCCGACACGGAGGACAAGGUGCUUGGGCGGGUCGGCCAACUCAUCACUCCGACCGAUCCACAGCACGCGCUGGGGCUCAUGGUUGGCGCCCAGAACCAGCUGCUACGCGUCGUCGUCACGGACGAUCGCGUCGCCGAAGCGAUCAUCCGCAGUGGGCUACGGCAGCGCACCGCGUUCUUCGCCCUGGACAAGCUGCAGCGUCAGCCAACGCACUUCUUUAUCGAUGGCGCGAAGCUGCAGGCGGCGCGGCUCAUGGCCGAGCAGCAGGGUGGCUGGGUGCACCGCGCACGGGACUUGGUGACGGUGCAGGAGGCCUCAUCCCAUCAGCAGCAGCAGCAGCUCAACGCUCUUGCAGACUUCGUGUUUGGCAACUUCCUUGUGUGCUCCAGCUUGCGGCUCGCGCAGGAGCUGGCCUACGACGCGUCCAUCAAGGCGAAGGCCGUCACAGUCGAGGGCGAGGUGGCCGAGCCGAACGGCUUGAUGACGGGCGGGUCGACGCGGCAGCUACGCGACGUUUUUGCCGACCUCAAGACAUACACCGCUCAGAAAGAGCCGCUCAAGGCGCUGCAGCAACGCACGCGCGCGCUGGAAGUCGAGUACGCCGCCCUGCGCGACACGCUCCGGCAGCACCAGCACGACAUCCAAGUAUACAAGACAGCAGAGGAGGCGGCGGAGCUAUCGAAGCAGCGCUACAUCGUCGCCGCUAACAGUGCGCAGAGUGGUGCGGCCGAGCAGGCGGAGCAGAUCGAGCGCGAGCAGACCGCGCUCGCCGAGGCGCGCGAGAAGGUGGAGGUUCUGCAGGCAAGGCAGCGCGAGUUGGCCACGCAGGCUCAGGCGACAGACCUGAACGCGGUGCAGCAGGAAAUGGCGGAUCAACUCGCCGCAGCGGAGGCCCACGUGGCGCGGCUGACGGCCGACGAGGAGCGCGGCGCGGCGGAGUUUGAGCGACUCGAGGCAGACAUGGAGCAGCAGGCGGCGGACUUGUCUCGCAAAACGCAAGACACGGAGGAGGAUAUGGUGCAGCAACAGAGUCAGAAGCUGAAGCUGGCGGCGCAGGUCGAGGAGGUGACGCAGCAGCUGGCGGCGGUGCAGGCGCGCUCUAAGCAGAACGAGGAGCGGCGCCAGCGGCUGGAAAAAGAUAUCGACGACGCCCAGGAGGAGCUGACGCGCUUCGCGGAGCGCAAGGUCACGCUGGACAACCUGGUCAAGAACGGCGAAGUGGGGCUGCGAGAGCAGAGCCGGUGCCUCGAGAGCCUGCGCCGCCACGUUCAUGAGGCGGAGCAGCGCCACAGCUGGCUCCUCGAGGCGCGGGCCACAUUCAAUCAACCAGGUGGCCCAUACGACUUCAGCGACGCGGCGCGCACGGCGGCCAUCCUGCAGGAGCUGCGCGACAUCGAAGUGCGUGCUGCCGUGAUGACGAGCAAACUCUCGCAGAAGUCUGCUAUUCUGUACGAGGAGCGGCGCCGCGAGUACGAGGAACUUGUCAAGCAGCGCACCGCCCUUGGCGAGGACAAGGAAGCGAUCCAGCGCUGCAUCACCGAGAUCGAGUCGAAGAAGUGGGGCGCGCUGGAUCGCAUGGUUGGCGUCGUCAGCUCCAUCUUCGGUAAGCUCUUUGCCACCUGUCUGCCUGGUGCGACGGCGCAGUUGCUAGAGGAACGCGACGCGGCGAACCAUCUCAGUGGCCUCGGUGUCCGUGUCUCCUUCAACGGGAAGCCGAGGGAAUCACUUUCCGAGCUCAGCGGUGGUCAGCGCUCGCUGCUGGCGCUGUGCCUCAUACUGGCCAUCCUGCGCGUUCGCCCCGCCCCGCUGUACAUCCUGGACGAGGUAGACGCUGCCCUCGACCCCAGCCACACCCAGAACAUUGGCCGCAUGCUGCAGCUCUACUUCCCCCAUUCGCAGUUCCUUCUGGUGUCGCUGAAGGAUGGCAUGUUCAACAACGCCAACGUGCUCUACCACAUUCGCAAUACGCAAGGCUACUCGGAGGUGGCGCGCAUCGAGCACAAGCCGCCGCCUCAGCCGACGUCCGCCGACAGCGACACGCGAAACGUGGCGAGCGGUGCCGAAAACAAAGACGCUGUGGCGUCGUUUGCGUGA